AUGGCUGUUGUGAUGGGUCAUGGAGGCGACGGUGGUGACGAGCCACCACAUCCGUUCGGUGGGGGUUUUGGUGAUGACCAAAACGAUGUGGUGCCUCCGAAACGAAGAGGCAUGGCGGUAAAUAAAAAAAUGCACAAACUCUAUAAAGCUAAUGGUGAACAGCCUCUUAAGAUAGUAUUUGACGUAAAUACUAACAUGCCGAUUGGGGAGGUGUACGAAUGUUUUAUUCGGGAGGUUGGAAGCUAUAUGUGGCGGGACAUCGGUUUUGAUAAAGACACAUGGACAGAGAGAUGGUUUGAUUUUGACGCGAUUACAAAUCAUCCCAUGGUUUCAACUUAUUGGGUAUCACUAAACAAUCGGAUAUGUGCGCGGUAUAGAGGCCACAAAAAUAUUGCAAAAAACCGUUUUGAUGAUUUUGCAGGGAAUGUGGAGGCAGCAAGGGCUCAAGCCCCUAGGGGUAUGGAUCAGCAGCGUUGGAAUGAUGUUGAUGUGAAUGCUUUUCUUCAAAACCCGGGAUUUGUGACGGCCAUUGGAGACAUUAAUCGCUUUUUUAAAAACCAAGUCAAUGAGGAAAACAACGAUGGGGAGGACGGUGAGGAAGACGAAGACAACUAG